AUGGCUUCGUCCAAACUGAAGUCACGCUGCGACGCGAACCCGUCACCGUCCAUGUCGGUGGCGAAGCCUAUACGAUAUAGAACCAAGCAGACUGCUCGUAAAUCCACCGGAGGCAAAGCCCCCAGGAAGCAGCUGGCCACCAAGGCUGCGCGUAAGAGCGCCCCGGCCACCGGCGGCGUCAAGAAGCCUCACCGUUACAGGCCCGGUACCGUGGCUCUGAGAGAGAUCCGUCGCUACCAGAAAUCUACUGAGCUGCUGAUCCGCAAGCUGCCCUUCCAGCGCCUGGUGAGAGAAAUCGCUCAGGAUUUCAAGACCGACCUGCGCUUCCAGAGCUCCGCUGUCAUGGCUCUGCAGGAGGCCAGCGAGGCUUACCUGGUCGGCCUCUUUGAGGACACCAACCUGUGCGCCAUCCACGCCAAGAGGGUUACCAUCAUGCCCAAGGACAUCCAGCUGGCCCGCCGUAUCCGCGGAGAGAGAGCUUAAACCACUCCUGCUCCACUGACCAUAACAACGGCUCUUUUAAGAGCCACUUCACUGCACUCAAAACAAAACUCCUCCGCUGCCCCGCUUGUUAUAGACCGUUGAUGCAUAUAACACAGUGAAUAAUUGACUGCAGAGUUCAAAGUAAAUAUCAAUACAAUUGAAGUAUAAUAAAUUACAUUACUUUCUGUAAAGUAACCAAAGUAUAUUACAAAUCUUUCUAUAGAUUUAAACAUGUAUCCUUUUUAGGUUUACAACAUUAACUGAACAGCAACACGUUUUUAGUAUUUCAUAAUACUACAUAAGAAAGAGGUUACAAUAAAAUAUUAUACAUUUACAUUAAUAAUAUACAUUAGUAGCUCUGCAAAGAAUACACAUAGGAAAGUAUGGAAGUUCGGACCAUUUUACCGACUUGGUUCUUUGAAUUUCGUUCAGUAAAAUGAGAAUCUUUUUUCGAGUCAUUAGUUCAUUUCAACGGGGGGGAACCUAUUGACAUACACCAAACACAUAACACAUACACAUAUUGACAUACACCAAACACAUAAUACAUACUCAUAUUGAUACACCACAUAUAUUCCUUAAACCAUACUCAUAGUCAACACUUUAUAUCACACAUCCCAGCUCCCUGAUUCAGUUCGCACAGAGACAGUGAGUAGACCUUGGCCCACAAUCUCUCCCAGACAGCACACUAACGCAGCUGCACUGAUACAGCAACAUUAUCACCUCUGGUAACCACGACAACGGAGUGCACGUACGACAUCUUCAUCACGCGACAUUCCAAGAGGAUAUAAUCUAUGUGCGCACUCUGUUUAAGCGUCUUUCUUCCUGUGUA